AUGGAGUUAAACUUCCGUUUCGAAGACUUUAUUGUAGAAUCACCUAUUGGACAGGGUGCAUUCGGCCAGAUUUAUAAAGCGAUCGAGAUUAAAUCAGGAAAAACCUUUGCAUUAAAAGCGUUGAAUAGACGUUUUCUAAUCAAAAUGAAAAAACAGAGUUUAGCCACACAAGAAAAAGAUGCUCUGACUAAAGCAGCUAGCCCUUUUGUUGUUAAACUCUACGGCACCUUCAAAGAUGCGUCCAACUUAUAUUUCGUUUUAGAUUACGCAGAACAUGGUGAUUUAGCUGAAGCUGUUAAUGACCUUGGAAGUUUGAAUACUAAAGCAACGACAUAUGUUUGCGCCCAACUUCUUGAAGCAAUUUCAACACUCCACGCCAAAAACAUCAUUCAUCGUGAUAUUAAAAUCGAGAAUAUUCUUCUUAACUACAAAAACUAUAUUAUGCUUACUGAUUUUGGAACUGCAAUGAUGACUGACAACGACGAUUCCGGCUUUCGCCCUUCAUCUGUUGUAGGUACGCCUGACUUCGUUGCCCCUGAAUUAUUGAACGACGGACAUAUCUGCUACGGCUCAGAUAUGUGGGCUUUUGGGUGCGUUAUUUUCAAUCUUUUGACCGGUAAAGCGCCGUUCGAAGGAAACUCCACCCCAGAACUUAUGUCUAAUAUUGUAGCUCGCAAAAUCUGCUCAGAUAUUGAAAAACUUCCAAAGGCCUCCCAAAAUAUUAUUACUUCCCUCCUCGAAAUUGACCCGAAGAAGAGACUUGGAUACAAUGAAAAUAGCAAGGGAUAUCCAUCAAUCAGAAACCAUCCUUUCUUCAAGAAUAUUCCAUGGGAUAAGCUUGAAACUACAGAAAUGCCACUCUUUGGCCCAUUCAAGCCUGAAACAGCUACCUCAUUUGCAGAAGAUAUGCUUGCACCUGGAGAAACAAUUAUGCUUGAAGGAGUUGUUGAAAGAAAACGUGGUUUGAUGUGGAAAGGAAGGUUAUUAAUCAUAACUAAUCAAAAGAAACUUUUAAUAUUCAAUAUAGAAAACAAAACUCUUAAAUCUACGAUUCAGAUCAACGCAAAAGUUAAAGUACAAGUUGCAAAAGAUGGAAAAGAAUGGACGCUUAAUUACGGUGAUAAAUCGCAAUUAUUCAGAUGCAAGAACGGAGAUGCUGGCCUUUGGGCAUCAACUAUUAUCAAAUCGUUGACUACAAGAUAA